AUGGCUGCGGAAACCCCCCGUCAAUACGUGCCAUUGACGUGCCACGGUCACUCGCGACCAGUUCCCCACAUCAGCUUCUCUCUGCUCGAAAAAGAGGAAACCUACUACAUGAUCUCCGCUUGCAAGGAUGGCAAUCCCAUGCUCCGCGAUGGUGUCACAGGCGAUUGGAUCGGCACUUUCAUUGGGCACAAGGGUGCUGUUUGGCAGGCUAGAUUGAGCCCGGAUGCUUCCAAUGCCGCCACCGCGUCGGCUGACUUUACUGCCAAAAUCUGGGACACUCAUACCGGUGAGCUCUUGUUCUCGCUGCAGCAUGACCACAUCGUCCGUGCCGUUGCUUAUCCGCCUGACAAUUCGGAUCUCGUGGCUACUGGCGGCAUGGAGAAGAAGCUGCGUGUUUUUGACCUCUCCGAGGUCGCGGGCUCCAACCCUGGUAGCCCAAUCACCAUCCCUGCCUCGGCUGGGUUUGAAAUUGGCGAAGGUGUUCACCAGGGCUCCAUCAAAUUCAUCUGCUGGACUAAUGAUCCAAAUAUUCUCGUCACUGCCUCUGACAAGACUAUUCGCUGGUUUGAUCUGCCCAGCCGCUCCGUCAUUCAUCAGGAAGUGCUGGAUGGCGAAAUUCGCUCUUGCGAAAUGGUUUCUCUAUCGCCCGAGUACGCUUCCGAGACUGACAUUGGUGGAGGACUGCCUGUUCUCGCCGUUUCUGCUGGCAAGACCGCCUACUUCUGGGGCGGCAGACGUGCUUUUGAAAAUCUGAAGCGCAUCGUCCUUCCUUACACCAUUGCCAGUGUGGCUCUUGACCUCAAGGGCCGCAAGCUCGUUGUCGGAGAAGAGCCUGGAACAUGGGCCAAGGUGAUUAGCUAUGAUGAUGAGGUGGAGCUUGACGUCCACAAGGGCCACCACGGCCCGAUCUGGUCAAUUGCCUUUUCGCCUGAUGGCAAGCUCUACGCCACGGGUUCGGAAGACGGAACCAUCAAGAUGUGGAAGAACUGCGAGGGAUUCUACGGACUGUGGCGAGGCGGCAACGAACGAACUGCGGAGUAG